GAAGGGUAACUCUUUGGUUCGCUUCACCAUUACUUACCUUAGACGCUUCCUCUGAUGCUUUGAGUCCCUACUGCAACUAAACCAUGUCCAAGCCUUGUGGGCUUCUCCUUCUCUUCACCUUCUUCCUCUUCGCUUCCCUUCUCGUCCAUGACUCGGCUGCUAUAGGUGUCAACUACGGCGCAAAUGGCAACAACCUUCCAUCUCCCAGCCAAGUCGCGUCUUUUCUGAAGCAGAACACCAUCAUUGAUAGGGUCAAGCUCUUCGAUGCUAACCCCGAUUUCCUCCGUGCUUUCGCUAACACCGGAAUUGCUGUCACAGUCACCGUCGGCAACGGCGACAUUCCUUCUCUUACUAAUCUUGCCACCGCCCGUUCCUGGGUCGCCUCCAACAUUUCCCCUUUUCACCCACAAACCCUUAUCAACCGCAUCGCCGUUGGAAACGAAAUCAUGGCCACCGGUGAUAAAUCCCUCAUUGCCAAGCUCCUUCCGGCCAUGAAAACCCUCCAUAAGGCUCUUACACUCGCCGGGUUCAACGACAUUCAAGUCUCCACUCCUCAUUCUCUUGGUAUCCUCUCCGCCUCUGAACCACCAAGCACCGGCAGAUUCCGACGUGGGUACGACAGAGUCAUCUUCGCUCCUAUGCUUCAGUACCACAGAGAUACCAAAUCUCCAUUCAUGGUUAACCCUUACCCCUACUUCGGCUACUCUGCUAAUACUCUAAACUAUGCCCUCUUCAAGACCAAUCGAGGGAUCUACGACAAUGCCACGAAGAUCACGUACACCAAUAUGUUCGAGGCGCAGCUCGACGCCGUCUACUCGGCGAUGAACAGGUUGGGCUACGGCGAUGUGGAUAUUGUGGUGGCCGAGACAGGGUGGCCGUCGGCCGGAGAUCCGAACCAGCUAGGCGUCAACGUCGACAGCGCCAUGUCUUACAAUGGCGGUGUAAUCAAGCACGUCACCUCUGGUAGCGGCACUCCAUUGAUGCCUAAAAGGAAGUUCGAGACUUACAUCUUUUCUUUGUUCAACGAGAAUCUCAAACCAGGUCCGACCGCAGAACGGAACUUCGGCCUCUUUCAGGCGGACUUCACACCAGUUUACAACGUCGGGAUUUUGCGCAAUGGGCAGAAGGGGAAUGGAAGUGCAUCAUCAGCACCACCAGCAGCAUCAGGAAAGAAGUGGUGCGUUCCAAAGGCAGGCGCGAGCGAUUCAGCUCUGCAGGCGAACAUCAACUACGUUUGCAGCUUAGGAGUGGAUUGCAAGCCCAUUCAGGCAGGGGGAAGCUGCUUCGAUCCCAACACAGUGAGGUCUCACGCUUCCUACGCCAUGAACGCUUUCUACCAGGCAAACGGUCUCCACGACUUCGACUGCGACUUCGCCCAAACCGGCUUCAUCACCACCGCCGAUCCCAGUUAUGGUAUCUGUCAAUUUGUCUCUUAGAGCUACCCAAAAGGAAAAAGUUUCUUAGAGAGAGAGAGAGAGAGAGAGAGAGAGAGAGAGAGAUGAAAGUGUUGAGUGUGUUGAAAUGACUGAAUUUUUUCUAGUAGGUGGUGACUGGGGAGUUAGGCCUGCAAUCUUGACAUAGGUUCCUAACUAUUUUGUUUCAUCCUCCCCAUAUUUAAUUAUAUUAUAUUUAAAAUGUACAACCUGUAAUGAGGACUUAAUUUCUGUUGAGCCAACUCUGAUCAAGUUUUUGUCA